AUGGUCGAAGAAACCAUUCAGAAUUGCCUCCCCUGCCAGGCUGCUACUUCGCGCAACCACCCUCCACCUGAGCCACUCAAGAUGACCCAGCUGCCAUCCACACCUUGGAAAGAAGUUGCAAUGGAUUUCCUGGGCCCUUUUCCAACCGGCGAAUACCUCCUAGUCGUAAUCGAUGCGUUUAGUCGGUUCCCCGAAGUUGAAGUACUCACCACGGUUUCCGCAAAAGCUGUCCUUCCAAAGUUGGAUGCAAUAUUUUCACGACAAGGCCUUCCAGAAGUUCUGAAAAGCGACAAUGGCUCACCAUUUAACGGUGCCGAGUUUGAGUCAUACGCCAAGCACUGUGGUUUUACUCACCGCAAGAUCACGCCAUACUGGCCUCAAGCAAAUGGAGAGGCCGAGCGUUUUAUGCACACACUACAGAAAUGUAUUCGGGCUGCAAUCAUCGAGAAGAAAAACUGGAAGCAAGCGAUGAACCAGUUUCUCCUCAACUACAGGGCAACCCCCCAUUCCACUACUAACAUAUCCCCCUCCGAAAGCCUCAACAACAGGAAGAUAAAGACAAUGUUACCGGAGAUGCCCUGUAGUUCAAAACCAGAACAGAAAGCAAUGGCUGAAUAUGAUGCUCGGAAGAAAGAACAAAUGAAAUCUUGCGCAGACAACCGUCGGGGUGCCAAAGAAAGUUGCAUCAAACCAGGUGACACCGUCCUUUUGAAACAGCCGAAGGAAAACAAAUUCAGUGCUCCAUACAACCCUCAACCUUUUGUCGUAGAAAAGAAAAAGGGAACAAUGGUCACUGCCAAGAACGAUUCAAAGGUUGUCACACGAAACUCCUCGCAAUUCAAGGUGAUCUUAACCAAGUCAGCCAAACACGAUGACAAGGAAGUUGAACCAAAGGUUCCAAGACCAUCAAACCCCCAAGAACAAAAAACACUUCAACAAAGACCGAAACGGAACGUAAGACAGCCAGCAAGGUUUGUGGACUAUGUAAACUAUGAACCAAUGUGA